AUGUCGCAACCCGUGUCCUUCAAGGAUCUCGGAAACGAGCACUUCAAAGCCGGGAAGUUCAAGGAGGCAGAGCAACUCUACACCCAGGCUAUUGCUGAACACUCCCGCUCCGAUCCCAAAGUCUUUGGCAACCGCGCACUGACACGCAUCAAGCUGUCAGAUUGGCCUGGCGCCGAAUCUGAUGCCCGUAAGGCAAUUGAGCUCUAUGGACCCGGGAACAAGACGAAUCUCGUCAUGAAGGCACACUUCUACUUGGCACAGGCCUUACUACCCCAGCGACACGUAGGGGAAGCGCUGGACGAAGCCAAGCUCGCGUACACCAUGUGCAUAGAAAUACAGGAUCCUUCGGCCGACCUGAUCGGGAUUUUUAUACUGAGAGCCAAGCAGGCAAAGUGGCAGGCCAAAGAAACAGCCAGGUUAAGGCAGCUGAAUGAGACGCUGGCGCUGGUAGAGGAUCUUCUUGACGCUCAGUUACAGCGGGAUGUCGAUGCGGUUGAAGAGAGGUUCAAGAAUGGAGAGAUUGGCGAGACCGGGCGGAAAGAGGAGAUUGACGAGUUGCGAAAUGAGGCUGAGGUAAGAAGAGCGAAUAUCAGACGGGGCUUUGAGGACAGUAAGAGACCUGAGACGGUGGAGAGGGUCGUCCCGGACUGGCUGAUUGACCCCAUCACGUUCGAAGUCAUGCACGAUCCGAUAGUAACACCGACAGGUGUUUCAUACGAGCGUGCGUCGUUGUUAAAGCACAUCAAGGCAAAUGGAUGCGAUCCACUCACGAGGCAGCCUCUGCGAGCGGACCAGCUGAUCCCAAAUGUUGCACUGAAGAAUGCUUGCUCAGAGUUUCUGGACAAGAAUGGGUGGGCGGCGGAUUGGUAG